AUGUUAUUACGUGAGCCUCGCGAGAGCGAACGAGACCUCGACGCCCCUCUACCCGCUCAUGGCCAGUCGUUCCGCGAAACGUGCACCACGCUAAGCGGAUUUCGUGCAGAAGUGCUGUGUUGGAUUUGUGAGAGUGCUAGUGACUACUUCGCGACGUAUUGUGCUCUUUGUGGAUCCUUCGACUCUAGCGAGAUUGCCUGGUGCUCUUCUACUCCUAUAAGCCGUCUUAGCAUUGCGGUGUCGUGCGCGCAACCUUGCGGCGCGCGGCGCAGGUCAGAUUUUUCGAAGGUCGAUGACUUGCUCGUAAUCGCUACGAGGUCGACCAACCAGUCGACCAGACAGUCUCCCUCCCUCGAUCUGUCCUCCGUCUGUUCUCCCCUCCCACCGUUUCCCCCUUUGCGCUACCAGUCAGCGUUCGGUCAGCUUCUUGAUAAUACGUAUACGAGCUUUAUCGGAACGAAAUACUUUACGUCCCACUUAAUUGUAGAGCUCACUGCAAUUUACUGCUCUUUAUGUACCUACUUGGAACUGGGUGUGAACCCAGAUACGCAGCUCAAUGGCAAUUAUCACACCAGAAACAAAGGAGGAGACAUGAACGCGAUUAGGGGUGGUAGUACUGGAGCGGGAGUGCAUAGUAUGGAUGACAGUUUCAACAAUGUGUUGUUGGAAGGGACGCGUCAGUACUUUAUGGGAUUACCGAAGCAGGCACAAGGAAGUAACGGCCAACAGAUGUGGCCUGCAGGUUCUUCGACUGAGGAGGGCACUCCUGCAUUAUCCGGGGCUCCUACACCCUCUUCACGGCCACCAUCAGCUGCCGCCGCUCCACAGUUAACCUCAACGUCGACGCCAGUAGCGCCACCUCGGCCGCCUUCCGAGCCUAUUGAACCCGAGCCACAUAUAAUUCAUAAGGCUACCGUGAUGCGUGAGGCAGCAGAAAAAAGACGUGAACAACCUGAAAUUGAAGAUGACGAAGAACCUAUGGGAGCGCUUUCUCCACCUUCUCAUAUAAUUAGGAAGCCAACACCUCAUACUUUACCAUCGCCGGCGCCAGCUCCUGCAGCUCCAAGUCCUUCUCCGGUUCGGCCUCCUUCUGAGGUUCCCAUUCCUCAACCAACUGUAUCGGAGCAAAUUGAUCCCUCGGCUCAGUACCGUGGAACAGUUACUCGUGUGCAAACACCAACAGCAAGGCAAAACGAUCACUAUGCUCCUCGUGCGAUUGAUCAUUACCCUACAACCCGUCCCCCUGAAGCGUUUACACGCUAUCAGUGUGAGACAAAUUUAGUCGAAAGUGGAAGAAAUUCCCACGGACCACCAAUUGCCUCACCUCAACCAUCAAUGCCGGCACGUCACAGUCCACAAACGUAUGCCAGAAUUUCGAGUACUAUGCCGCAACACACUUCUAGUCGAUACAAUGAUAUGCCGACGCAUAGUAUGCCCAAUCAACGCUAUUCUAUUCCUACCGCGCAAGCACCGCCUCCGCAUAAUGAUCGAGUCCCUCCGAUUCAUCAUCCACAACAUUUGCCACCAACAAAAAGACUUAGUACAAUAGAUAGCAGAGUUUCUCAAGGCUAUUCACUAGUGCCACAAAGGCGUGAAUCUCCGUCUUAUACUCGGUCUACGCCUCAAUAUGAAAGACAACCGGCUCUGCCUCAAAGAAAAUAUGAUCCACAGCAAGCUUACUCUGGGUACCGGCCGUCUACAACGGUUCCUGUGCCUAUACCAAAUCGUAGAGUUGAACCCCAACAUCCUACUCUAUACAAACAGGGGAAUAUGGAUGUUAUCAACGCACAUUAUGCAGUUCGCCCGUCAGAACGUGUACCUCCUCAACCUCAGUUGCAAGCACAUGAAUUAUCACGAUUGCCUCCUCGUGCAGAGUAUAUAAGUAAAAGCAGGACAAUGGAUUCUAGAAAUAGCUACCAUUACCCGACGCCGUCAACUUCUACAGUUAGAUAUGCAUCUAGCGCGGUAGUUCCUAUUGCGCAGAAUAAUACCCUUGCUCGUUCUCAACCUCUUCAGUCUAGAUCUUCAUAUCGCACGGCUGUAGCUCCAAAGACUAAUUAUGAUUAUUCAGCAUCCACUCAUGUACAAAUAUCUCCAUCUCGCUCUACGGCUAAACCUGGAUAUCCUAGUCAACAGGCACGAAUGACUGUGUCUGUUACGUCAUUAGUGAAUGAAAUGAACCAGACAAAACAAAAACGUGAAUCUCCCCUUGAUUUGUCAGUAAAAACAGUCAAGAAUUCUGCAGAUUCAUCUACUACUCAAGAUGAUGCUAUAGAUUCCGCAUCAAUGAAAAAUGACAAUAUUCCACUGCAAACUAGACCAUCAUCAAGUUCUCGAAAUCCCAUGGUACCUGGUUAUGUUGCUUCACACAAAGUAGAUUUUGCCCCUGAUUUUGCUCAACCAUAUAGAGAAAGAAAUGUCAAUCAGGGAUAUAAUGUACUGCAAAAUGUCCAUCCUAGUAUGCGUUAUAACGGAAGCUAUCAUUCUCCAAGGCCAGCUGCUGAAACUUAUUCCGUAGAAUCUCGACCAGUAAACAGUGAAUGUAACAAAUACAAUGGUUCUAUUAAUCGACCCGAGUACAUACCCCGGAUAGAUCUUACUAGAUCAAGUGGAGAUCGUUAUCCAGAAAGCAGAAUUCGCGAUGAUCGUCAAUUAAUUAUUGAAGAAAGAAAACGGCCUGCAGGGCCAAUCGUAGGCAACAUUCCUGAAAAAAUUGUCCGAUAUGAAACGUGGACAUCAGACAGCAGGAUAGAACAAAUAAAUCAGUCGGCACGUGAACAACACGAAUUAAUGAGUCAACCAGUCUACAGCUACACAAGCCAUAAGCGUUUAGAAGCUUACCAAAAUGACCAAAAGCGAUCAGCUACAACUAGCUCUUAUCGUGAACAUCAUAAUCACCAUCGCUAUUCUGCUAACCCUUACCCUGAACCAGUAAAAAGGGAAACAAGUGAAUAUCAUGCUCAUUAUAAUGAUAGAGUGCCGUCUAGUAAUAACCGUCAUAUAAUACAAAAGAUUCCGAGCCAUAAAGAUGUACAUUCACAUCAUAUAGAUACGCAAAAUGGCGCUCAACCUGCCGACAAGAAUGUGUUAAGUAUAUUACGAAGUAGUUUAGAAACAAAACAAACUGCAUACUUGGAGCCGGCUAAGCCAGCAAGAAAAAUUCCCGAUCUCAUAGUUAUAGAUGACAUAGAUGACCCCGUAAUAGUAAUAACUGAUAUGCCUACGGACAAUGAAUUAGAAACAACUCAAAACAUAAGUAUGCAAACUCAAUCUGUACUACCUUUAGGACAUCAUAUAAAAAUGCCAAAAGCUAUUGAUUCAAUACCACGAGAUUCAGACUAUCAGAAGUUUGAUAGCCCUGAUCCCCCUCGAAGAUCUCCAGAAGUUGAUGUUGCUGCAAGGAUACGAACUAAAGCUGAACUAAAAGUAAUGCCGCCGUCUACAGAUAGUUCUUCUAAACUUGACUCAAAAACUAAUUCAUUACCUUCGGAAAGUAAGCCUCUUCCAAAAUCGCAAAAACAACAUCUCUUCAAUCAAAUCCGCGAAGACAAUCUCCGACUCGAAUCUGUUUUAAAAAACGAUAAACCUAAUGAAUCUAACAUUCCAGAAGUUAAAAUUGAACCAAUGAAUAUAGAAGAAAUAGAAAAAGACGCUGCAUUGCAAAUUAAAACUGAAAAUGAUUUAGAAAAAAUGAAUUCUUUGGGACCAAACUAUAAUGCUGUAGAAUUAGAUAUGGACUGGGCUAAUGCAUGUGAUAAUUUUAUGGAACAACUCAAAACAGGUUUUCAUAAGAAAAAAGCUUGCAAAAAGCGCUCAAAUACUAUAGAUCAAGAAAAUGAGUAUAGAGCUGAAGAAAGUCCUAAAGAAAACGAUAAUACUGAUAUUCCAACGGAAAAAUCUAUCCAAGAACCACUUUUAGUUGAAAUAAAAAAGGAGCCAAUUGACGAAGAUGAAGAAAAAGUUACAAGUAUAAAAUUGCCGGACUUAUCUAAACAAGAUUCUGUAGUAAAAGUGAAAAAUAAACACAAACACGACAAACAAAAAAAUGAUAAGAAAAAUGAAAAAGACAAUGACAAAGUGAAACAUAAAAGUAAUUCAAAAAUUAAAAGUAAAUUAUCAAAGAACGAAUCAUCAACUAGUGUUAUUGUCCCUAUUAAAAAAGAACCUGAAGAUUUUGAAAACAUAAAGACAGUUAUUAAAGAAGAAUUAGAAUCAAGCGACGAAGAUGAACCUCUUAAAUUAUUAAAAGAUAAACAAAGAUUACUCAAAGAUUUAUCAGAAAAGUCACCAUACGUUAAAUUAGAGUGCUGUGACGAGCAAAUGAAUUCUACUGCAAGAAGAUCGAUAGAUUCGACAGCAAAAGAUGAAAAACAAAAUAAAGGUAAAACACGACAGCUAUCAAAAUCGAAAAGAAAAUCCUCAUCUAUUGAAAAUAUGAAAAAAGAAAAACUGAAUGAUGAUUCGAGCUCUGACAGCGAUGAUGCGCUAAGCGUAGCUAGUAGACUUCGUGUAAGAAAAAGUAUGAAAAGUGAAGAUAGUAAGAGCUCAUUAAAAACGAAAUCGUCGCCUCUGAAAAAAAUGGAUAUUGACAAUAACAGUAGUAACAGUUCACCGCCAUUGCGUAAACCCGGUUUCGGUGACGGAUCAGACUUUCAUCCUGGAUGGGAAGAGGAAUUAUAUAGGUAUAAAAGAUCUCUUCGUAUGCCUACUAGACUUAUCGCUAUUCCAAGAGGACGUUCAGGCGGACCCUUCCCUAAAGGUUCUGCUGCACAGUUUACACGAGGUUCUACAUCUCUUCCUGAUUUGGAUCCUGUUCCUCUCUCUCCUGCUCCGUCAUCGGCACCUUCUACUGCAACUGAUGAUCUAUACAGAAGACCCGAUAAACUUAAUAUUGAUAGUGAUCUUGAAUCGAAUUCUAGUUGUUCAGCUUUUAACAAACUCCACUAUGACUCAGAAGCUUCUACAUCAACAGUUUUUUCUGCAGUAAGAGCAAAGAAAAAAAGCAAUUCUAUUGUUGACGUGCUAAUACAAAAAUGUGGUAAAAAAGAAGAUUCUAAAAGAAAAAUAAAAGAAAAGGAAGAAAAGACGCCUAAAGUUAUUCCUAAAAGUUCUAAUGCCACUGAGCUUCUCCCAACCCCUAGUUUAGGUCUAGUUAAAAACGGGAAUAAGGGAAGUCUUAGUGCAAAAAAAGAAAAAUUAAUGGAAGAUAUUUAUUAUUUGGGGGCUUUUAGAAAGGAAACUGUCACUAUGUUUAGAACAGCUUUUAUAAAAGAUACUGAUGGCUUAAUAGGAGCUACAGAAGAAUUUGCACCUGUAGUUCUCAAGUCUAGAACAAGAACCGAGAGUAGAGUAUUAAAACAACGAGCUACAAUUAAAGAAGUUUUUGGCGAUGAUAGACCAGCGUCAGCACCUCCAUCAGCAUGUAGAGACGAGAGUGUUCAAGACGAUAAUGACGGGGAACAAUCGAUUUCAAUACAAAAAGAACCUGAAUGCCAAUCAAAAUUUAAACCUAAAAAAAUAGUUAAAGAAAAAUUAAAACGAAGAUCGAGUUCUAUAAGAGAUGGCUUAAGAAGUACAAAAUCUUUAAAAACUAAUGACGCCAAAGGAAGAAUGAUGCGUUUAAAAAAACGAAAUAGUUUAAUGAAAUCAUUUGCUCACAAAAGAAGAAAAGAAAUGUCAAAUAAAAUUAAAAAAGACGUUACUUCUACACUAAAUGACAAAGAUAACAACACUAAAGAAGAAAGUAAUUGCCCAGGAACAACCGAGGGCAAUCCUAAAAAACGUAUGAAACGACUUUUUGGAAGGAGAAAAUUUAGCUCAGGUUUUGAUUAUAUUAGAAAAAAGAAAAAAAUUAUAAGACGUGAGAACAACAUUCCUAAAGUUCGCCGAGCAGCACCCAAACCCAGUCCUGAAUCUGUUCAAGAUAUUCAAAAAGAGAUCAAAAGUUGGUUUAUAAACAAAAGCAUUGGGGAGACGCAUCUACAUCGUGCUGCAAGACUUGGUUUUACCGACUGCGUUGCUUAUUGUCUAGAAAAAAUGGAAGCAGAUCCGUCAGCAAAAGAUAAUGCGGGAUUUACUCCGUUGCAUGUGGCAUCGGCUAAAGGCCACGUGAGAAUUGCAAGAUUACUUCUUCAAUACGGUGCCAAUGUAUCGGCUGCAGCGCAGGGUGGGAUAAGACCUCUUCACGAAGCCUGUGAGAGUUCUCAUGUAGAAAUUAUUAGAUUGCUGUUAGCGUAUGGAGCCGAUCCAUUAUUAGGAACGUAUGCUGGUCAAACUCCUGAAGAACUAGCAGAAGGUGUUGCUGCAAAGUUGUUGCGGCUCUAUAUAUGUGAUGUUCAAGGACGUGCUGUUGAGCCUUGGAGAUUCCCACCACCAGCAGAAGUCAUCGAUCGUGAAGAGCUCGGUUGUGAUCCAUUAUCGUCACCCCCUCCGGCAUCACCACCGCCGCCGCCCGACUCCAUGAUGGAGAUACAAUGCACCGAGGCACCACUACCGCCCUUCUACAGUCUGCGGACUGCCCCUGGACAGCCAGCAGAUGGCCUUUGGUGCUUGUUACAAGACGUGACUAAUAUCUUACAGAUUAAAUCAAAAGACAGCCUACUAAAACAAAUCCACUGCGGGUCUGGGUCGCCCAAAGAGUUGCUCCGUGAAAUACGAACGCAGGAGUUCCUGGAGAGAGCCCAAUGCCACCAACUUCUGUGCGCUGGAGAGAAAGUGAAUGUGCGCGCGUCGAAGGUGUCCCUCAUAAGGGUAACCGACAAGCUGAGACAAUUAUUAAAGAUAGAGACCGUCCUUGUCAGC